CCACAGCCGGAGGCUUGGUUAGAUUCCUAUUCGCCCCUUGAGAUCUCUUCGUAGCUGGCGCUCGUGGCACGAAGCCCCGGCCCCGUGCUCAUUUGCACGGCGGCGGCAGGGCCGCGCCGGGGCAGAGACGGCGGGGCCCAUGGCCGCCCGCAGCGUGAGGGUGGUGGGGCUGGCGGCCGCCGCGGCCGCGAUGACAGGAGGUGUGAUCUAUGCCGUGUGGAGUUACGUGUCCUCCCCACGCGCCGCUGCCGAGUCAGAGUUGCCCCGAACACAUCUGGGGGAGCCUCGGGCUGCUUCUCCUCCCGCCAAAUUGGGGAGGAAAGAGAAGAAAGAAAAGCAUGCGGUGGGGGAUAGCGAGGACGAGCGCAGCACCUCGGCUGUGCCAUCCCGCAGAAGCAGUCAAGACAAAGCACAAAAUAAGCAAGUCCUUGUUCUGGGCCUGGACGGAGCGGGAAAGACCAGUGUCCUCCACACCUUAGCUACCAAUAAAGUCCAGCAUAGCAUUGCCCCACCCAGGGUUAUUAAUGCAGUGUGCAUCAAUAAUGGAGACAUGCAGAUGGGAAAUCUUGAGAUUGGUGGUAGUGAGCCUUUCCGUUCUUACUGGAAGAUGUAUCUCUCCAAGGUGUUGGUGUUGAUUUUUGUGGUGGACUCAGCAGAUCACGGACGAUUACCUGAUGCCAAAAAGCAUCUUCACCAGUUGAUCCAAAAAGAUCCAGCCCUUCCUCUAGUUGUUUUUGCAAAUAAACAGGAUCUUGAAGAUGCAUAUUGUAUCACAGAUAUUCAUGAAGCUUUGGGAUUAUCUGAAAUUGGAGAUGAUAGAAAAUUGUUCCUGUUUGGAACCCACGUAACCAAGAAUGGCGCAGACAUCCCCUCCAGUAUGCAGGACGCAAGAGAACUGAUUGCCCAGCUGGUUUCGGAAGCUCAGUGACCAGUACCGUCUAGUAUCUAUGGGCCGUUAUAAUCAGAGAAUGUUGUAUUGCAAGCUUGAAGCCAAAAAGGUUUUACUUUUAAAUAGAAGACAAACCUUAUCCAUUUUCUUCAAAGCACAUGGAACUUAGAUGACUAACUAAGAUGCUAAUUUACUGAAAGCACCUAUUUUAAUUAGAUACUGACAUUUAAUAUAUACUUAUAUUUUUGAAACUGUUUUUUAGAAACACUGGGGUUUUGUUCAGCAGAAUUAAAAUGUACGUGAAGAAAAAUGAAUUUUCUGCCUGGUUGGAAAAUACUUCAAGAAUCCAUAAUUUUGUGACUGUGCAUAGCCCUCCACCAGAACAGAUUGCAUUCACUGUCUAACUUAGAAGAUGGCUUUUAAUUUUUGCUAUGGCCAAAAAAAUGAAUCACCCUGUUGCCAACCUGGUGAUGAGUCCCUUUUGUAUUGGGCUGGGUCAUAGAAUUUGUCAUUGGACCUAUACUUGAAGUUUUUCCAGCUGGUUAGGAUUUACCUGACUUUGCCCUCUCUUCGCAGAACCUUCAAGAACCCAGGGUCACCUCUAUGCCAUGAUAGGGCAUCAUAAUAAGAUUUUAGUGAAAGCCUUAGGAAAAUCAGAACGAUUUAUUAAGAGAAGACAGUGCCAAGCAAACUGAAGUAGAAAGAUAAAUUGGAAUUAAAAAAUAUAUAUAUUAGGGGCAGCUAGGUGUGCAGUAGAUAAAGCACCAGCCCUAGAUUCAGGAGGACCUGAGUUCGAAUCUGGCAUCAGACACUUGACACUUACUAGC